GAGAAUUCAAAGACAGGGAGGCUACACUAGGAGCUAUGUUUGUUGUACAGCUGGUGUGUCAAGUCGUCAUUGGUUUGUCUUGUAUGCAGCUGUGUGUCUUGUCUACAGUGGCGUGUCUUGUCUAGAAUGUUUCUCGCUUGUAUAACACGGGGUCCUGAACGGCUAAACCUGAUUGCUUUUUGAUACUUGUGAUCAGUUUUUGGUACUGGGGAUGAGUUUCGUUGACAUUUCUCACUUUUACACUGGUGUUGCCUUGUACUGGAAGCAAAACGUAACUGUUACACCAUCGCUAAACCAGGAGCAUUACCAUGGAUCAAGCACAUGGAUUUCAGAAGGCCCAAACUCAAAUGGAGUCGAAUUUACUGAUGGCCUGUUCGAACAGCGAUAUCCCGGCUUUGACCCAAAUUCUGGAAAGUCGGGAUUCCUUAAAGGAGAUUGACUUUGGAUGCGUGGAUUUGCUGGGAAGAACAGCACUUCAGCUGACGGUAGAAAAUGAGGAUAUUGAGGCGGUGAAACUCUUGUUACCUCAUUGCAAGACGAAGAACAUAGAAAACUGUUUGCUGUUUGCCAUAAACCUCUCCAAAGAGAAAAUCGCCAUGGCAAUGUUGAAGCACCCGAGAUGUCAGCGCAUUUACAAAGGACACCAGAUGAAAGUUAUGAAGGGCACUCAAGACAAGUUCGAACCUUUGCCCAAUGACUCACAGUUCCCAAGAAAUACAACGCCUCUAGUACUGGCCGCAGAGCGCAACCUAUACGAAGUUGUGCGCCAUCUGUUGAUAGAAAAACACAGAAUUUCCGUGCCUCACUCAGUGUCCUGUCCCUGUGACACAUGCGUGCAGAAAUCAGGACAGGACUAUUUCCGGUUUGCUCACGAACGUCUGAACGCCUACCGGGGUUUGGCAAGCGAAUCGUACAUAAGUCUGUCAAGUGUCGAUCCCAUUAAAGACACUUUCUCUCUGAGGAAAACAAUGUUGACUCUAGCUGAACGAGAAGAGCAUUUCAAAAAAGAGUACUGUGAUCUUGCCAAUUCCCUGAGUGCCUUCAGUGUGAAACUUUUGAACAAAGUCAUGGGGGACAGUGAACUGGACAUCAUCCUGGACAAAGUUGGACGCCCUGAUCAGGACGAGUUUGCUCCCCUUGGACGACUACGGCUGGCUGUGAAGCUCGGAGUUAAAGAGUUCGUUGCUCAUCCCAGCAGCCAGAUGCGGCUUCGGAAGAUGUGGUACCAGGGGUUUCCCAGACUAAGCAGAGGGUCGUUACUCCAACGAUUCCUCAUCUGUAUAGGGUUUCUCCUUGGCUACCCCUUUAUUGCUUUGGCCUAUAUAUUUUUGCCAGGAUUCGAGUUCAUCCAGUUCAUUAAAGCCCCAUGCGCCAAAUUUAUGGCCCAUGUCCUGUUUUACGUCAUUUUGCUGAGUCAGUUGCUAGCUACAACAGCGGUUACCUCCCCUUAUGCGGAAGUGCCUGUGGAUUGGGAAGUUGAGUGGAAUGCCACAAUUGCACAGAAGUACCUUCGCACUAGCGCAGACGGGUCCUUCCGCGUUCGAAGUGGCCAUGCUCUUACCAUUCACUAUCUGAUUGUUGUCUGGGUUGUAGGUCUUCUAUGGCAGGAAGUGAAGGAGCUGUACCGUGACGGGUGGGAGGAGUAUGUCUCAUCUUUUCUUAACUUUGUGGACGCCUUGAUGCUUAUUUCCUACUUCGUCUCUUUCGGAUUCAGAUUCUACGCCGUCGCCGAGAUAAAUAAAGCCGUACAGUAUUUUUUGGACACUCCGUCGUUUUUCGACCUUUUGGAGUACCAGGAUAUCACUGCAAGGCAACAUUACAAGUGGCUCAAUCCAGAUCGCUUUUACUGGGAUGUGGUGGACCCCGUCAUCAUAGCAGAGGGGCUUUUCGCCAUUGCUAAUGUCCUCGACUUCAUGCGUUUUGCAGCCUAUCUGCCCGCCUUCAAGGCACUGGGAACUCUUCAGAUCUCCUUUGGGAUAAUGCUCAAGGAAAUUUUUCGCUUCCUAGGCCUGUUUGGGCUGGUUUUUCUUGCCUUCAUGGUCAGCUUGGCCAAUCUGUUCUGGUUCUAUAGGAAAGCGAACCGAACGGCUGUUGAAUUAGCCGUUCAUACUGCCACAACGGCGGAGGAGGCCUUCGGAAACCUCGGCUCCACUUUUAUGUAUGGAUUUUGGUCGCUGUUUGGGAUGGGUGAAAGAAACGCGCCAGAAAUCUCCACCUUCAAGGAGAUCCCCUUCACCGAAGUGAUCGGUUACAUCCUCUACAUGGUAUUCAUGGUAUGCUGUGCCCUCGUUCUCCUGAACCUGUUUAUUGCCAUGAUGAGUCUAUCCUUCAGUGAAAUACAGGAUGACGCUGAUGUGGAGUGGAAGUUCUCCAGGACGCAGUUGUUGUUUGGAUACAUGAAGCCUGGGUUAACGCUUCCUGUGCCACUUAAUCUAUUCCCCACCCCCAAAUCAAUCGCUUACUUGGUCAUCUUCCUCUAUCGUUUUCUCAAGAAAAGGAAUUUUGGGUUCAAGAGCUGUUGCACGCGAUCAAAUUUGAGGAUAUCUCCAGAAGUUUUACCAGAGAAAAGUUUGCCGGAUGAUGAGGAGAUAGAUGAAGGUCAAACAGAGCCCCAGUCUCCUGCAGAGACAGGCGUAUUUGACAACACUUCUGGAAACAGCAGAUAUAAGGAGGUCAUGUCACAGAUUGUGCGUAGGUUCAUCAACGAGGCCACUUCCGUUAAAGACGAGGAUAAGGAUGAUGAGAAUCUGAAGCAAGACCUUUUACGGAUUCGCCGAGAGUUGACGAACGCCCUAGAGAUGAGAGCGAGAGAAAUCGAGCAAUGCCGUAAAGAUGUGAUGACGUCACGGGCUACUUUCAUUCACGAAUUGAGCGUCUGCAUGAUAGCUAUACAGCAGCUGGACACCAAAUUCAAGACUACAGACGGAGUGUUGUCAAAAAUAUUGGAGAAGACGGAAGCGGUGGAGGCAGCUCAGCAACGAUUUACGACAGCGCCGAUUACAGAGGAACAUCAGGUUACGACAUCACUGACCGAGCCAGGAAAGAGUGCCGAGAAGCAGGAUUCAGGGGCGGAUAACUCUCAGUGAUAUCCGGAGAAUACCGAACCUUGCUGUCAGGUGGUCAUUAUAAAAAACGAGUUAAAUUAACAUAACGGUUUCAGGGUCAGUAUUUGCGCAUUUUUCCAACGAGGUACAGAACACAACUGCCAUGAUGGAAUACAUGACUAAACAAAACAGUGUUUUGUAAUUCACGAAUAUCGAUGACUAAGCGGAUGAUUGUUUCCUGAUUCUUAGAGUUCUAUUGAUUUUAGAAAGGCAUUUGCUUGGAAAGUGUGAUGAUAUCCGACUGGAAAAAUGUAAGUUUCAGGACCAAAAGUAUUAUUUUCUCCUAUAAAUACACUUUUUGGGCGAAAAUGUAGGUCAUUACCAUUAUAUGCCUGAAAGUAACUUAGAGUGAAAGACAGCAUCUGACUAAUGUUUACAUCCACUGAAAGGCUACUAUUCAAAGUAUCUCAAACCGGCAUUAAAUAUGUUUUUACAUUUUUUUCAAACCAGUAAAAGUUUAGUGAAACUUCAUCUUGACACAGCUUCAGCACGUCCCCGUUAUCGAGAGUAAGGUGACGUGAGAUUUACUCUUGUUCUCUAGUGUCGAGGCUACUUUCCAAGCAGUAGCCUAUGACAGAUAAAAGUUGUGGACUUCGGCGAUGAAGGCCCAAGUGAUAAAUAUAGUUUUCGCGGAAAUUGGACAUACUAAAAAUAUUUCUUCCACUACUUAAACUGUUGAUAGAGCAGGCCUACUAAAUCUUUUACAAGAAACCCCAGCGACCCUAUUUCAGUAGCCUAGCUGUGGAUACAGAUGCACCAGAGGGGUUGUGCUGGUGAUUCUGACCCCUAUUUAAUGUUUACAAACUUACAAUUGGAUUGUUGCACAGCUAUAUUCAUGCUCACUUCGGAAACAAAUGGAAAUAAAUCUUAAGUACCACUGAGGCUGAUCUAGGCAUUCGACGGUCGCUGGAUUUUAUGCUUGGAUUUUGUAGAGGUGGCUUCUAAGAUGAGAGCAGCGCUGACCUAGUCAUCGCGGACAUCAGAGAAAGCACCUCGGCUCGAACACGGCGUUUCAAUGAUUUUACUGUUUCUUAGAUAAAAAAAACACCCCUUGUAUGCGAGAAAGACGAAGGAGCAAAACUUCCGUUCCGAAUAAAUUGUAA